UUGAACACCAAAAUGGCCCGCCCUUCGCCUCUGCCUCCCCGUCCCCCCCUCUCUCGACCCCUCUUCUCCUCCCAAAUCCCUUCUCUCCCCCCUCCGACGCCCCAAACGGAGAAGAAGCAGAAGAAGGAGGAGUGGAGCCUCGCCGACUUCGAGAUCGGAAAGUUCAUCGGCGAAGGCAAGUUCGGCAAGGUCUAUCUCGCCCGAGAGAAGCAGAGCGGGUACGUGGUGGCUUUGAAGGUGAUCUUUAAGAAGAAACUGGAGAAGUACCGAUUCCACGCUCACCUCCGACGAGAGAUCGAGAUCCAGCACGGGCUGAACCAUCCCAACGUCCUCCGGCUCUUUGCCUGGUUCCACGACGCCACCCGCGUCUUCUUGGUCUUGGAGUUUGCGGCGCGAGGCGAGCUUUACAAGGUCCUUAGGAAGCUCCACCAUUUCUCUGAGAAGCGCGCUGCCACUUAUAUUGCGAGCCUUGCGGGUGCGCUGGUGUACUGCCACGAGAAGCAUGUGAUCCACAGGGACAUCAAGCCGGAGAAUCUAUUGUUGGAUAUUGAGGGUCGGCUUAAAAUUGCGGAUUUCGGAUGGGCUGUGCAGUCGAAUGCUAAGAGAAAAACCAUGUGUGGCACUAUUGACUAUCUUGCUCCAGAGAUGGUGGAAAAUAAAGCGCACGAUUAUGCCGUUGAUAACUGGACCUUAGGCAUUCUUUGCUAUGAGUUUCUUUAUGGCAUUCCACCAUUUGAAGCUGAAGACCAGAAAGAUACCUUAAACAGGAUAGUGAAGGUUGACCUCAAAUUUCCUUCCACUCCUCAUGUAUCUGCCGAAGCCAAGGAUCUCAUAAGCAAACUCCUAGUGAAGGAUUCAUCAAAAAGACUAUCUCUUAAAAAUAUCUUGAAGCAUCCCUGGAUUGUCAAGAAUGCAGACCCCACUGGGAGCUGCUGUGAGUAAAGAGGUGGUGAUUUGAAGAGAGCCAUGCAUAAGUGCUGUAUUUGGAAGAAAGGAUAGAUAAGACAGAGUGUGAACUCAAGGAGCUCAUAAGGACUUGAGGGUUGGUAGCAGAAGAAAAAAAAUCAAAUCCUAAGACAUAUCUUUAUCUAAAAUGUACUAUAAUCAGAACUGUUUCAGAUCUAGAGCUUGGUUCACAUGUAUGUCUGCAACCUUUUCUUUCUGUUUUUCUUUGUUUCUCUGAAACCUACCAUGAUUGUUGUAAAUAAGAGCAAGUAAACAAACAUCUGCAACUGAUCCUGCUUGUUAAGCAACUUUAGGAAUUACACUGAUGAGCUUAAUGUUAUAGCAGAUGCUUGUGUAUGCUUAAAGCAGAUAAAUUUCACAGCUGAUGGUGCAUUUGAAUAUGUUUAA